CAUAUUACAAACUGAGGUGGAGCAAAGCCAACAUCAACAAAAGUUCUUUCAGCAAGGGACACAUCAGAAACCCUAGGAUUUGUCAGGAAGAUCAGAAUCUGUGUUUUGACUCAGCCUUUGAGAAAGAAGAGGGAAAAUAGACAGAUAUAUCUAAAGCACCCCAUUUGCAACAAUUGACAUGGCAGCUACGACCACCAAUGAAGCAGUAUAUGAAGAUACAUCUUCUUUACCAUCGGGUUUCAGAGUUUUGGCAGAAUUUCCUGAUGUGCUGAUGAUACCAGAUUUAAUUUUUGGAGGUCUCGUAUGGAUUCUGGUGGCUUCUUCCAAAGUGCCAUUACCAAUUUUACAAGGAUGGGUCAUGUUCGUCUCCGUAUCCCUUUUUAUCUUCAGUUUUCUUUUCAUGAUGCUGUAUUGUGCUCAUGCACAUGGGGGAAAGUCAUCCUGGACAACAAUUGAUGCAUCCUACCACUGUAUUGCUGCUUUCUUUUACUUGAGUGCCUCUGUUCUGGAAAGCUACUCCACCAUUGCACUGAAUGAUCUACCAUUCUAUCAGCUUUACCAAGAGAAUAUUGCGGCUGUGGUGUUUGCCUAUCUUGCCACCCUAUCCUAUACAGUUCAUGCCAUGUUCUCGCUCAUAAGGUGGAAAGGAUCAUCAUAAUUCUGAAAAACGUUGUUACAAAUCCAUGAGAAAGGUUCUACUUGAAAUAAAAGCUAAACUACAAUAUGAACUGACAGAGACACUAGGGAAAUACCUGUCCCGUGUGUAUGUACCGUGUUAGGAAUAUAUUUGAAUUCCGCACCAGAUGACACAGAUAGUUACACACCCGAGCCCUAAAGUGAACACAAUCCCUAAAGAUAUAUAUAUGCCAAUGUCUCCAUUCAGUUACAGAUGUUUGUGUUUUAUUUGAGUUUUAUAAUGUGUUUUCCUUUUAUGGUUUGAGCAAAUGUAUUUAAUGUAAAUGUGUGUUUACAAUUUGCAGAGUUUGAUUUCAUCUCUUAUUUGAAUUGUAAAUAUGGAGCCAAAAAAAUCAGUCACGUGCCAAUCAAUCUUAGGAAUAAAAUAAAUGUGAUUUUCACUUUUUCACAAGA